AUAUGGUUACUCAUUAAUCAUUUACCUAAUCCUCAUUAUUAUCUUUGGUGUGCACUCAUCAGCAAUCUUAAGUGGGCAGUACUAUCAACUUUCUAGUUCAAAUUAGGGAAAAAAAUUAUCUUAAAUGGGAAGCAAUUUAUGAACCCAAUAUUAAAAAAACUGAAACCACUAAAUCAAAUUUUCUCUUUUCCUUUUCCUAUCAUGAAUUGUUGAAUUUGGGUUGCAUUAUAUUUAAGAUCAUAGAGCACUUAUAUAUAGUGAUAACCAUUGGAUACUCUCAUUGGAAUUGUCUGCAAGCUAAUAUAAGUUUAAAAUCUCAUAGAGGAUCCAUUUGUGUUAGAAUCUAUAAUCACAAUUUCUCUCUCUCUUUUUUUUUUUUUUUUUUUUAAAUAUGUUAGCUAUUUAAGGACUCUCCUCAAGCCUUAUAAGGCAUAGACCCAUCAUCAAUGACACUCGUCGCCCCCAUUUUUUCAACUCAUUUUUUAAUGAAUUUUCUUUCUUUGUACGAGCCCCACCUCCGAAUCAUCUCUUCACCAACUCUCUCCUCCACAAACACUAUCUGAAAAGUUUGAGAUCACUCGGGUGCAAAUCAGACCAGCUGCUGCACCACCAUUGCUGCGAGGAGUGUAUCAGUAUGAGCAACCCAAUUUCUAGCAGUCGGUUUGAAGAAGAAGAGCAGGAGGCGAAUAAGGUGACCCAAUUUCAAGAAGAAGACCAAAAGGCCAAGACAAGUCAGAGGUACAUGCUUCUUUUGGUUAUCAACUAUUUCUGCCUCUUUCUGGGUUCAGUCUCUUCUAGUUUGCUUUCUAAGUUCUAUUUUAUCCAUAAAGGUUCGAGCAGAUGGGUGUCUACAUGGGUCCAGUCUGCUGGUUUCCCUCUUCUUCUCUUCCCCAUUUACCUUCCUUACUAUCUCUUCAAAUGCACUGAAAGAAAACCCUUUAAUCGCUUCACUCCGAGAAUAUUAAUGUUGUCAGUCUUGAUAGGUCUGAUGUUAGGCCUGAACAACCUUUUAUUCUCAUGGGGUAAUUCUUAUCUUCCUGUAUCAACUUCAUCUCUUCUUUUAUCAUCUCAGCUCGUGUUCAAUCUCAUUCUCUCUGUCAUUAUCGUCAAACAAAGAAUCACCUUCCAAAAUCUUAAUUGCGUAAUGCUUUUGACUCUAAGCUCAGUUCUUUUAGCCUUGGGUUCAAGCCAUGAUAGACCUCAAGGUUUAACCACUGCAAAAUACUUUAUAGGGUUCUUCUCCACUGUAGGAGCUGGCUUGUUAUUCGCCCUAUAUUUGCCAGUCAUGGAGAAGAUAUACAAGAACGUUUACUGUUACCAGAUGGUGAUGGAAAUGCAGCUUGUGAUGGAAAUAGCAGCCACCGCAUUGGCCACUGUUGGAAUGGCCUCAGACGGUGGGUUUGCGGAGAUGAAGAGAGAGAGUGAAUAUGUGUUUGAUGGAGGAGAAAAAUGGUAUUGGAUUACAGUGUUUACCAAUGUGUUUACAUGGCAGCUGUGCUUCAUGGGCACUGCAGGAAUGGUUUUCCUGACAUCAUCACUAACAGGAGGGAUAUGCAUGACUGCCCUUUUGGCCAUGAACGUAUUAGGAGGUGUUUUGGUGUAUGGAGAUGAGUUUGGUGGUGUGAAAGUGGUGUCCACUUUGCUUUGUGGUUGGGGUUUUUGUUCUUAUGUGUAUGGUAUGCAUCUUAAAAUGAAAGAUGACAAAGAGAAAGAGAAAGUGAAGGAAAAUGAGAGUAAAAAUCUUGAAACAUUAGAGAUGGUUGAUGCAGCAAACAAUGUUUGAAUGAAGGUUGAUGGUUAUCAUCUAUGGCUGAAGCUUUUUUUCCUCUUCUUUCUUUUCUAUGUUGAUGGUUAUCAGAAUCAGAUUGUGUUUUAUUUAAUUAACAAAAAUAUAUAUAGUGGAAAAUGAAAAAUUUCAAGUCCUAGUGUAGUGAUGUCUUGUGGGGUCUUAGACAAGAUGAGUUUGAUAUCUUUUCAUUUAGUGUUACAAUCAAACAUCAUUGUCAUUAUCAUCUUA